AUGAGCGGUAGAGGAAAGGGAGGCAAAGGACUCGGGAAAGGAGGCGCUAAGCGCCACCGCAAAGUGCUCCGUGAUAACAUCCAGGGCAUCACCAAACCCGCCAUCCGCCGCCUGGCCCGCCGUGGCGGAGUCAAGCGUAUCUCCGGCCUCAUCUACGAGGAGACCCGCGGGGUGCUCAAGGUCUUCCUGGAGAACGUCAUCCGGGACGCCGUCACCUACACCGAGCACGCCAAGAGGAAGACUGUGACCGCCAUGGACGUGGUGUACGCGCUCAAGAGGCAGGGCCGCACUCUGUACGGCUUCGGAGGCUAA